AUGUCCUCUGGAGAGAAUAAAAAGGAAAAAUUCGUCCUUUCAGACGAGGAAGACCGCCCAUAUAUUGUGGGUUCUCGUUCGCCGGGAUUCCGCGUUGGAGAUCAAGUCUACCUCUUGCUUUCUGAUGGAUCCCGAGAUGGCCCUUACCUCGUGGCAACGGUCAUCUCCGCGCAGGAGUGUACGCUUAGCCUCGAAAACGGCCAGAGUGUCGGGCACGGUGAGGUGAUACCGAUGGCGAGGCUCGAGGCUGCAUGA